CACAUACUUUAUAAGCAAAUAUGCAUAUCAAAGGAAACACUUUCAUUGUCACUGGAGGUGCAAGUGGCCUUGGCGAAGCUACCGUAAGAGAACUAAUUGCUCGUAGAGCUAAUGUUGCUAUUUUUGAUUUGAACGAACAGAAAGCUGAAGAGCUAGCCAAAGCAUUGGGGACAAAUGCCUUCACUCCCGGACAGGUUGAUGUUACAUCAGAGGAAGCAGUUAGAAAAGCAUUACAAAAGACAGUUGACAAAUUUGGAAGAGUUGCUGGUUGUAUUAAUUGUGGUGGAGUUGCUACAGCAGCCAAGAUUGCUCGUAAAGGAGACUCAUCUCGCACAAUGACAAUGGAUUUAUUUGACUUUACUGUUCGUGUCAAUUUAAUUGGUACCUUCAACGUUUGUAAGCAAACAGCUCAGCUUAUGGCUAAUCAAGAAGAUGCUUCUACAAAAGAAGAAGAAAAAGGUAUUAUUAUCAAUACAGCUUCAGUCGCUUAUCAAGAUGGGCAAACUGGACAAGUUGCUUACGCAGCGUCCAAAGGUGGUGUAGCAUCCAUGUGUUUGCCCAUGGCAAGAGAUUUAGCAUCUGCUAGGAUCCGCGUCAUGACUAUUGCUCCAGGACUUUUCGAAACCAAUAUGACUGCUGGUAUGAAUGAGCAUGCCAAGAGUAAAAUUCUUAAAGAUGCUAUCUUUCCAGCGAGAAUGGGCCAACCAAAAGAAUUUGCUUUACUCGCUUGUCAUAUCAUCGAAAACAGCAUGCUAAAUGGUGAAGUGAUAAGAUUAGAUGGUGCUACCAGAUUAGGAAAGCUGUAGACUACGGAGUAGAUAGAAAUGAAAUUUAUUCGAUAAUAUACAAAAA